GUUCUUUUAGUGCUUUUCAUCGGAUGAGCGAAACUAAGGAAUGCGUGUGGGAUUUUGCGUGAUUUUUCGCGCGGAACGAAACUUUGGAAGGUCUCUAGAUUUUACCGCAGUGUAAACGAAUGUGACCUAUAUACGCAUGGUGUAUUUGGGUCGAAUUCUCCAGCUGACUAGAACACGUUUCAUUCAUAGAUUUCUACAAUGGUUUGAUCACCGUGGGUGACAUCUUUUGCGUGGUGGCAAUUAGCUGAAUGAAACACUGACGUUCUAAGGUAUUAUCACGUGAGAUAUAGCAUUACAGACAUUUAAAGAAUGGAGGGGGGAGAGAGUAGCAGCACGGACAAGGUAGCGGAGGAAGCCCCAAAGAGGGGCCGAGGGAGACCCCGGAAGGAAAAGACCGAGGAGCCCGACGACGCUGAACCUAAACCAAAGAGGCCCCGGGGACGACCCAAGGGCACCUUUAAAAAGCCAAGACCCACGGAGGAAAAGCCCAAAGGAUCACGAGGAAGACCCCGUAAGGAUGCAGAAUCUCCCAAAAAGACAGAAAAAAAGAGUUAAUCUGUGGUGUCAGCUCGCGUUCCUUUGGCCUGGACAAUUGACCGUGUGUUGAUCAAAAACUGAAAUAUGUAAAUGUGUUCAAAUGUAUAAGAGCCGUGUAGUUUAGAUUUUUUAAAAUUGACUUUCCAUUUCACCCCUGAUCAUUGCUUCAGUCAUUACAUAUACUGUAUAACCUUUGCCUCAUGCUUCAUUUCCCAUGUAACGCCUCUCAUUAAUGUAACCUCAUGACGUCAUCUUCAUUAAUAAAUCACGCAUGUAUUCAUCUCCAUCAA